CUUUAUCUACUGUCGUCGGCUGGAAGUUUACACGCGCCUCUUUAUUCCUAUCACUAUCCCGCGGUCUGCAUUGCAUCCUGUUUGUUGUCAUUGUUCUGUGCAUACAUCUUCAGCCUCUGCCUUCACGUUCAUGAUUUCCUCUUUCUGCCACCGUAUUGCAUAUAGACCGCGCCGUAAUGUGCCGCACCGUACACCUUUCGCCCUAUUGUUGUUGUUACAGCCGCACUCAGUACGUUGCAACGUACACGCACCACUCUCUUUUGCCACUUGGCUUCCGGUUCCACUCCCUCCUCUCCCCACACCUCACAUCUCGAAUAUCUCGUCACGACUACUUACGAUUUUGUAUCCUGCGAUCGACUCGCAAUGUUGGGUAAUAGCAGUCCCCACUCGGUCUUUGGAUCCACUACGGCGCCCGAUCAUUUGCCAUCAUUUCGCCGCCCUUUUAAAUCCAGGUGAGUGCCUACAGCUUCGGACGCUGAUGCCUGUUCUGGUCUGCAGGAUUACCGGAGCCCUCGCAGGCGAGGAACCUUGGACCGCAGUAGUUGCAUUGCUGUUCCGGGCAAGCCGACGAUAAUGUACUGCUCUGCGAAGUUCGCAAUCGCUGUUCAAACAGUCACAAGCUGAGCGGGAAUCAAGUGUUGACCAACUCCCAUCUCAGAAGCCGUACAAGUGCCUGUGCGAUCUCACUACAACUGUCACUGAUGAAUGGACUCAUCGCAUGGAGGUUUCAUUGAUCACCGAGCUUGACCACAGUUAGGACUUGCCCGACACGGACUCAGCCGUUCAGCGAGCCACUAUCGUGGCAAACCCAUUCUCUCCGUUAAGUGCAACUUCUCCGGCAUCGUCAUGGAGGAUACACACAUGACUGCAUGCC